AUGCUCUGGGACGUCUGGGGAGAGCAUCGCGAUGCUCUGGGGCGUCCGGGGAGAGCAUCGAGACGCUCUGGGGCGUCCGGGGAUAGCAUGGCGACGCUGUGGGGCGUCCGGGGAGAGCAUCGCGACGCUCUGGGGCGUCCGGGGAGAGCAUCGCGACGCUCUGGGGCGUCUGGGGAGAGCAUCGCGACGCUCUGGGGCGUCCCGGGAGAGCAUCGCGACGCUCUGGGGCGUCCGGGGAGAGCAUCGCGACGCUCUGGGGCGUCCGGGGAGAGCAUCGCGAUGCUCUGGGACGUCUGGGGAGAGCAUCGCGAUGCUCUGGGGCGUCCGGGUAGAGCACCGCGACGCUCUGGGGCGUCCGGGGAGAGCAUCACGACGCUCUGGGGCGUCCGGGGAGAGCAUCGCGACGCUCUGGGGCGUCUGGGGAGAGCAUCGCGACGCUCUGGGGCGUCCCGGGAGAGCAUCGCGACGCUCUGGGGCGUCCGGGGAGAGCAUCGCGACGCUCUGGGGCGUCCGGGGAGAGCAUCGCGAUGCUCUGGGACGUCUGGGGAGAGCAUCGCGAUGCUCUGGGGCGUCCGGGGAGAGCAUCGCGACGCUCUGGGGCGUCCGGGGAGAGCAUGGCGACGCUCUGGGGCGUCCGGGGAGAGCAUCGCGACGCUCUGGGGCGUCCGGGGAGAGCAUCGCGACGCUCUGGGGCGUCCGGGGAGAGCAUCACGACGCUCUGGGGCGGCUGGGGAGAGCAUCGCGACACUCUGGAGCGUCCAGGAGAGCAUCGCGACGGUCUUAGGCGUCCGGGGAGAGCAUCGCAACGCUCUGGGGCGUCCGGGGAGAGCAUCACGACGCUCUGGGGCGUCCGGGGAGAGCAUCGCGACGCUCUGGGGCGGCUGGGGAGAGCAUCGCGACGCUCUUGGGCGUCGGGGGAGAGCAUCGCAACGCUCUGGGGCGUCCGGGGAGAGCAUUGCGACGCUCUGGGGCGUCCGGGGAGAGCAUCACGACGCUCUGGGGCGUCCUGGUAGAGCAUCGCGACGCUCUGGGGCGUCCGGGGAGAGCAUCGCGACGCUCAGGGGCGUCCGGGAAGAGCAUAGCGACGCUCCGGGGCGUCCGGGGAGAGCAUCGCGACGCUCUGGGGCGUCCGGGGAGAGCAUCGUGACGCUCUGGGGCGGCUGGGGAGAGCAUCGCGACGCUCUUGGGCGUCGGGGGAGAGCAUCGCAACGCUCUGGGGCGUCCGGGGAGAGCAUUGCGACGCUCUGGGACGUCCGGGGAGAGCAUAGCGACGCUCUGGGGCGUCCGGGGAGAGCAUCGCGACGCUCUGGGGCGUCCGGGGAGAGCAUCGCGACGCUCUGGGGCGUCCGAGGAGAGCAUCGCGACGCUCUGGGGCGUCCGGGGAGAGCAUCGCGACGCUUUGGGGCGUCCGGGGAGAGCAUCGCGAUGCUCUGGGGCGUCCGGGGAGAGCAUCGCGACGCUCUGGGGCGUCCGGGUAGAGCAUCGCGACGCUCUGGGGCGUCCGGGGAGAGCAUCGCGACGCUCUGGGGCGUCCGGGGAGAGCAUCGCGACGCUCUGGGGCGUCCGGGGAGAGCAUCGCGAAGCUCUGGGGCGUCCGGGGAGAGCAUCCGACGCUCUGGGGCGUCCAGGGAGAGCAUUGCGACGCUCUGGGGCGUCCGGGUAGAGCAUAGCGACGCUCUGGGGCGUCCGGGGAGAGCAUCGCGACGCUCUGGGGCGUCCGGGGAGAGCAUCGCAAUGCUCUGGGGCGUCCGGGGAGAGCAUCGCGACGCUCUGGGGCGUCCGGGGAGAGCAUCACGACGCUCUGGGGCGGCUGGGGAGAGCAUCGCGAUGCUCUGGGGCGUCCGGGGAGAGCAUCGUGAUGCUCCGGGGCGUCCGGGGAGAGCAUCGUGA